AAAAUUGAGUACCUGAUCGUUUGCCAGCCAAUAGAAACACAGUUGAUCAGUUGGUGCGGAGAUGACAACCUAACCAAAAUUGUAUUGAAUUUCAGAUAAUUUGUUUCGGAUCUUUCAGACCAACUUUUGAAAAUGAUUAAAACUAGUGUUUUCAUUGUUUGUCUAGUUGUCGUGCGAUUUUCAGAAUGCGGCCAAAUGCAUCUAAGCUCCGGAGCUGGCGGCGAUGUGUGUGAGGGUGGGAGUAGGAUUUGUCUGGCUGGUGAUGCCACCUGCAUCAACGACAGGUGUGUCUGCAACACCGGCAAAGGAAACGGCAACUUCGCCUGCUACAUGCCCAAUGAGUUUUUCGCCGAGAUUAAGAACGACCCUAUGGCUAUCAGUUUUGCACGUGAAAGGGUUGAGGUACCGAUGCCAUGUCGUUUUUUGGUGACCCACGUAAUCACCGAAUUUAAAGAUGUUGAUGGCACCACACGUGCGGGAUCAUGCACAUUACAGGUCUUCAGCUUCAGCUUUAAAGUGAGGGGUAAGUUUUUCAUCCAGGGCUUUGACGCCGUUAUCGAAGUCACUUCCGACGUAACAUCGGAGACAGUCGGAGCCUCGUUUCGAGUAGUCGGCGAAUCGUCCUACGGAAAUCAUCAGUUCGUCAGUUGGGGAAAAGCCACGAGUGACGAGAACGCCCCCUGGGGGUCCCCACCCCUCGUGGACGCCUUCGGGCAGGAUUUGAAACUUUGGUACGACGACAACAACAACAGGGUCAAGCUAAACGUCAUGCGCUGUGGAUUUAGGCUGCGCUUCCGACCGGCGGACAUCCACGAAGGCAAAGACCAGACCCAGGUACCGGGACUUUCUAUUGGCAUCAUGACAUCCCACGCCCCCCAAUGGCUGUCGCUGGACACUGUGAUAGCACUUCCGCCAUUUGGGAAUGGCCCCACCCUCGGCCAGGUGGCCAACGAAUUGAAUUUGGCGCCAGAGGAAGCCAUGAUCGUGAGGUCCUUGCAAGGGGCGGCAGACCAGGACUUCCCUGGAGCCGCCCCUGCUUGUAUAGAUCUGAUCAACGUGGCAGCCAACCUAAUCGACGGGGCCGCCAGGAAAGAGGCCAUCGAGAUGUGCUCCUUCAUCAUCAUGUCGCCGCCUUUCCUCCGGAACUGGUCGAGACCGGACCCCACGUCCUCUCAGUCCGCCCUAGAACUGUUCCAGAUGUGCACCGAGGCCUUCUACAACAUGGACACGAACCUGUGCCUGCAAGUCAUUGCCGCGAUCGAAGCUGAUCCCGUGAAUUACGUGCAUGCGCUUCCGGAGCUGAUGGGCUUCAACUGUGUGUUCUAGGCAGCACCGCUAAAGGGUCGGAGUAGUCUCCCCGUCUUUACAGCCUAUGUGCCGGAGUGGAAAUUUUAAGUUCACGGAAAUCAUUGAUUGCCUUUAAAUGUGAUGAAUUAAAGAAAAACAUACGUU